AUGAUUUUGCCCUUUUCAGGAUUUAGCCUCCAUGGAGGAGCUGAGGUGCUAUUGGUGGAUUGGAAGGGCUCUCUUGGUGCAAUUGUGUGUGAUAAAAACUUUGAAAGGGUUGAUUCUCUUGAUGUUUGGGUGUUUGAUGAUUGUGAGAAGAUUUGGACCAAGAAUCACACUUUUGGGCCGAUCGAGCUGAAAGUCGAUCGGAUUUUGCAAUGUUCUAACAAUGGGAUGAUUCUUGGGGAGUGCCCUGAUGGCAAGCUGUUUGUGUUUGAUCCUAUGAGUGGAAGUGUUGAGGAGAUUGUUAUCGACAAGGCCCAAAAGCAUUCUUUUGUGAUCAAUGGAUAUUCCGAGAGUUUGGCGUGUGUUGAAGGAAUGGAAAAGGUGGUGGUGAAGAAAAACGUUGAGGAAGAUGGGGAAGAUUCGGAGGAGGGGCCGGAUAUCAACUUUGAGAGUUUCUUGAAGAUCUUAUCUGCAAUUAAAUAA